UGUUGUGUAGAAAAUAUGGCGUAAAGUGAACGUCGCACAUGUCUCUUAGUGAUUUCGGUAAGGAGUCAAAUAUUAUACCGAAAAUUUCUAUAUUGAUGUACGAAAGAAGUUCUCCGAUUAGAAUUUAUGUGAUGAAAGAAUGUAAAUAUGAUUAACAGAUUCAAAAACGAAUUAUUCAAGUGUAAAUCUCAUUAAACAGACUGUAGCAAUACUUGAUAAAAGAAGUUUAUUGGUGAAAUGUAAUUUAAUACAAGAUAAUACAUUAUUACAAGAUAAAAAUAUUGAAACAAUAAAAAGGUAUACGAAGACUGGACUCUACAAUAUAUAUUGCUAACCAUGGUUUGUAGAGCUGGUCAAAUAUGUUUCAUUCAAUGUAGUCUAUCUGGAUUUAAAGAUAAGUUUACCAGUGACAGACUACUAUUACAUGAAUCUACCCGUGGUGAGGAGCUUUAUGUUUAUAUUGAAGAACAUUGUCAAAUACCACAAGACAGUUUUCAAUUAUAUUUAGUAUCAGCUGGGAAAUUGAUUAAUUUAUCAGAAGUGAAAGAUAAAACAAUGUCAGAAAUUGGUGUGGAUUUUUCUUUUGAUCGAGAAUCUUCAAGUGAACACAAACCCACAUUAUUAGUUAUGGACCCAACAGAUAUCUUAAUGCAGAAGCAAUCAUCAUAUUGUAUUAUGCGCCAUCAGUCUGCAUAUAAUCCUCCUCCACCAUCUCCUAAUCAUUCAUCAGUAUGGGGUGAAGAUAAUAAUAUUGAUUUCAAAAGUCUUAUUAAAUCUGAAACAAAUUAUGUUGGUUUAGUCAAUCAAGCAAUGACAUGUUACUUAAAUAGUUUAUUACAAGCAUUAUAUAUGACUCCUGAAUUUCGAAAUGCAUUGUACAAUUGGGAAUAUAUAGAUGGAUCAGAAAAAGACGAAGCCAAUAGUAUUCCAUAUCAAUUACAGAAGUUAUUUUUAAAUUUACAGACAUCAACAAAAUCAGCAGUAGAAACUACCUCAUUAACAAAAAGCUUUGGUUGGGAUUCUACAGAAGCUUGGCAACAACAUGAUAUUCAAGAACUUUGCAGAGUUAUGUUUGAUGCUUUAGAACAAAAAUUUAAAAAUACUGAACAAGCUGAUUUGAUAAAUAGACUUUAUGAAGGAAAGAUGAUUGAUUAUGUUAAAUGUCUUGAAUGUGGUACUGAAAAAUCUAGAGAAGAUACUUUCCUUGAUAUACCAUUACCAGUAAGACCAUUUGGUAGCAAUGUGGCAUAUACUAGUGUGGAAGAAGCUUUAAGAGCAUUUGUUCAGUAUGAAAUUUUAGAAGGAAGUAAUCAAUAUCAUUGUGAAAAAUGUAAUAAAAAAUGUGAUGCUCAUAAAGGAUUAAAAUUCACAAAAUUUCCUUAUCUUUUAACCCUUCAUCUUAAACGAUUUGAUUUUGAUUUCAAAACCUUUCAUAGAAUUAAACUUAAUGAUAAGGUUACUUUUCCGGAUACAUUAAAUUUAAAUUCUUUUAUUGCUUCAAUGCCAAAUCUCCAAGAAUCUCCAAGUACUGAUGAAAAUAAUAGUUUAGCAAAAUGCGAUGAUAAUUCUAUAACAGAUAGUGGCACAUUAGAUGAUGAUUGUCCUCCCUGUGAAAACAGUCUUCCUAAUAGUAAUCAUUCAACAAAUCAUGAUCAAGAUGAUGAUGAAGGCAUAGAUAUGAGUAAUGGACCUUCAACAUCGAAUUGUACUAUGCAUAAUCAUGAAAAUGAAAAAAAUCGUAAUAGUAAUGCAGCAAAAGGACCUUAUAAUUAUGAAUUAUUUUCAAUUAUGAUUCAUAGCGGUAGCGCUAGUGGUGGCCAUUACUAUGCUUAUAUAAAAGAUUUUAGAACACAAGAAUGGUUUUGUUUUAAUGAUCAAAGUGUAACGCAGAUAACUCAUGAUGAUAUUCAGAAAACAUAUGGUGGUGGUUCAACCAGAUCAUAUUUCAGUGGAGCUUAUAGUAGUACUAAUGCUUAUAUGCUCAUGUAUAGACAAAUUGAUCCCACUCGUAAUACUUUACCUAUGCAAGUACAAGAUUUUCCAAAACAUAUACAGGAAUUAUUAAAAAAAAUGAAAGAAAAUGAAGAUAAUGAUAGAAAAAGUCGUGAAAAAGAUCUAGCCACACCUAAAGUAAAAGUAUAUUGUCAACAUCCUACAGAAGAUAAAAAACUGAAUUUUAGACUUUCCUUUUUGCCUAAUGCAACUUGGGCUGAAACGACAAAGUAUGUUUAUAAAAACUUUUGUUUGGAAGGCAUGGUAAGCUUAAAUCAAUGUCGUUUAGUUGCUUAUGAUCCCAACAAUGACUUGAUUGUGGCUAGCUAUGAGGGUAGAGAACAUGAAACAUUUGCAAAUAUUUGGUGUCAUCGAGUGAAUCGAUAUAGUUUAUUGUUAGAAAUACGUGAUAAAGAUCAAAAAUUUGAGCCACAUUUACGAGGUGGUAUUGUAACUAAAUUAUAUGUCGUCGAUGUAGCUAGAAAAAAACUUAUUGAAGGACCAUUAAAUGUACGAGGUUUAUUUACACAAACAGUGAAAGAAUAUAAACAAGUAGUAGGAAAAUUUGUUAAUAUGGAUCCAGAUGAUAUGAAAAUAAUUUUACGAAAACACGGAACAGAUACAAUACUCGUACAAAAUGAUGACGCUAUAUUGGCAGUUGCAGAAUUUUGUAAUUUAGUUAAAGUAUUUGUAUGUACUAAUUGUGAUGCUGAAUGUAAUAAAUCUUAUUUGGAAACAACAAUAUCUAGAAUUGCUGAACAAUUGGAAAAUAUUAUAACUCUACGCAUAAGAUUACCUCCUAAUCCAAGUAAAGAAAUGUUGGAUGAAUUAAAUAUUCCUAUGUUAGAAGAAGUAUGUAAAGAUAAAGAAAAAUCUGUAAUUGACAGUCCAUCAAAAGCAAGUAUUACUGAAUCUCAUCGAGAUAGUGGUACAAAAUGUAAUGAUACUUUAAAAGGUGGAAAACUUAUUGAAGAUACUCCAGUAAGAAAUGCAAGUCCUCAAUUAGGAGAGGGUGAAGAAUGGCAUACUCCAGAACAAAGUAAUAGUGAAGAUAGUAGUCUGAGUGAUAGUGACAAAACAUUAGUUGGAGACGCUCCAGGAGAUGAUGAUUUUCAAUUACCUUAUCUUCCAUCGAGUACGAGUAAUCGAGCUAUUAAAAUGUUAAAUCAAGUUGGAAUCGAAAACUGGGAUAAUAUUAUCGAUGAUUCAGAAUAUUAUUUUAAAGCUACUCCAUAUACAAAUCACAAUGAGAAAUUUCUGAAAGUAUUAGUAGACAAAAGAAUGAUAUUCAAUACCUUGAAGAAAAAUUUAGAACCAUAUGUAGGUGUACCCGCAGAAUAUUUCAAAAUUUGUCGCUAUUUUGAUGAAUGCGGUGAAUCAGACUGUAGCUGUUUACUUAGUCAGCUUGUUUCUUACGAAGACGGAGAAAAACUUUGGAUAGAGAUAGGACGGGCUUUACGUAAUGGUGAAUUUACAGUAAAAUUGCAUCAAUUUUUCCUUGAUUCGGCUGAGGGCAAAUUUUUGUUCGAAUGGAUAGUUUCGGAAGAUAUGACUGUAGGCCAAGCGAAAAAAGAGAUUCUUGCAGAAAUGAAAAGAAGAUAUAAUAUAGAGAUACCAUACGAAAGAUGUCGAUUAAGAGAAAAGUGUUUUGUGUUACCAUCGAAAGUACUUUUAGAUCAUCAAAAAUUCAAGGACUUUCAGUUUUAUUCUCAAUUUGAAAUGAUUGUACAAGAGUUACCUGAUAAAGAUCCAGUUACCAAUAGUAAUCAAGUUAUUAUAUUUGUCCGACGUUGGUUCCCUACAAAAAGACACUUUGGACCACCUCAAGAAAUUGUUUUAGAUGAAACAACAAUGGAAGAAAUGAUGAAAAAAUUAUCUUUGAUAUCGGAUAUACCAGAAAAGUAUAUAAAUAUAAUGAGAGGAAAGGGUUCAGUACAUAUACCUGUUGUACGAGUUGAAAAUGAUGAAGAUUGGAUUGAAUUAACAUCUGGUGACGAACUUAAUGUUGAAGAUGGUGCUGUAUUCUUAUAUAGAGAUAGCAGGGAAACUUCACAACCAUUAACACAAGAAGAGUACAAUGAUAUCGCAAUUCGAGAAGUAUCACCUUUUUUACCACUUUCCUCUGCAUCACGUUAUAAUGCGCGUAAAGAAAAAGCGCUUAGAAUAUAUUUGGAUGGUGAAUGAUCCUCCAUUGAACAUACGUAUUCUGAAAAACAAUUGUUAAAUAGGCAUGUGUGGGAACAUGAAACGUUUGCGUACAAAGUGAUAACAUCGUGUCAGGUAUUUGUGGAAUCAAGUACUCAACAAUUACAAAAUAUUCUGUGCUUCAGUAAGUCUUCAAUAUUUCAAAGCUUCCACGUCUUUAAAGUUUUUUGGCUCUUCGAACCAAUCGGAUUUAUAAAAUUCCUUGAAUUUGUGAAAUAUUACUCAUUACCAAAAGAUUUCAAAUUCAGAUUAUCUCGUUUCAUUUCAAUGUGUUUUAAUACCAUAAGGAUCAUAAAAUUCCCAAUAACAUAUGGAUUAUUAAGCUAUAGAAUUUCAUUCAAAAGCACAAAUACUGAUGAAAAUAAUGAAAGUGCUAAAUAAUAGUGAAUUAUGUAUAAGAAAGAAGAAAAAAAAAAAAUGAAUUAAUGGUGAUAAUUCGAAUUUAAACUAUGGACUUCUUAUGAUAUGUGUGUGUGUAAUUGACAUAUAUAUGUAUUUGGAGUUCCUGCAACUACAUUAUUUUCACAAAUUCCUUAAUACAUUUCUUAAUCUCAAGAAUUUUUAUAUCUUCACAUAUCUGUAUCAAAACGUUUUAGCUAAUCAUCUUGUUUAAAAUGUUAAAUAUUUUUAAUGUCAAAAUACAGCACAGAGUAUAUUCAUAUUUGUUGAUGUUUAAGAAAAAAAAAGAAAAGAAAAAGAAAACAUUUAUCUGACACAACAUAAUUAACCCUUUUAAUGCCAGUAUAGGUUAAAUUGCAUUCUUACAAUAUAAUAGUAUCAUAAGUCUUGAGUUCAAUUAUUUAAUUUGAAAGUAGUAGCGCUUAUAUAACUGUUUAAAUUCAAUAACUAUUUCAAAAAUACAAAUAUUUUCUAUGAUUUUGGAUAUAUUAAAUAUACAUUCUAUGAAUUUAUUAAUAAUUGAUACAUUCUACGAAUUUAUUAAUAACUGAUACAAUUUUAUAUUAUUAGCGUUACUAUUAUCAAAUUAAAAAAAGAUUAAUCGAUGAAAUAUAAAUAUUAAUUUUGGCCAGAUAUGUAUCCUAUACAAUCUGUUUUAAUUUAUUUAAUUAUGUAUGCUAUCAUUCAUUACAUGUUAUGGGUACAAAAAAAAAUCUGUAUCCCUGGAAAAAACCAAAAAAGUAUAUUUAGCCACUUUUUGGCAUUAGAACUAUUUCCUACAAAUCGAAUUUUCGAUAUAAUGAAAAUAAAAGAUUCUUGAAAGAAAUUCACCAAAUUUACAUUUUGUAGACCAAUGCUUGUAAAUAAUAAAACUUGUGAAUCAAA